GCUCGAGCUCCACCUCGACGGGCACGACAUGUACCACAAGCGUUGUUAGUAGAAUUUACACUGUUGGCAUCGGCCACGACUUUGGUGCACACGAAUACAUUGACACCUCCGGGUACCUGGCGGGGUUCUAUCAUGACCUCAUCGAUGCAGUGUGCACCGAGGCCAGCAUGGACUGCCGUAUUGUGUGGGACAAGUACAGCAAUUGCUGGGACUCCACCCCAGGACAGCCCUCACACGGCGGCCAGGGAUUACUUGGUCAGUGGUAUGACGCAUGCUCCGGCUGGUACACCACCAUUGACCGCAUCCAAGUCUUCAGCUUUGCCUUGCCAUUCCUAAAGGCGCCAAUGAGCAAUUUCUUUGUCUUAAAAGGACAGGGGAGUUCUUUUUCCUCGAGAAACAUGGCUGGAAAAAAGAUUGGUUUUGUGGACGGCUGGGCCAGCGACGAGAAGUGUCUGAACAGGUGGACAGACGUAGUUGGCCAGGACACAAUGCAGGUGGUCCACGGCCCAACACCCACUGACCUCGUGGCUAAGUUACAGAACGGGGAGAUCGCCGCGAUUUUUGCCACCAUCUCUGACAUGGAGCCGCACACAGGGGCCACCAACCCUGUGGUAGAGAGAGUUCCGUCCGCUUCUUUCAGCUGUAUGAUAGCGGGCAGUGCCAUGAUGACCCGGAAAGACAGCGACUUCAAUUCGAAAUGGAACGUUGGUUUCAACAAGCUCGUCUCUUCUGGGAAAUUCAAAAAAUUGUGCGCUGCCGGACAACAAACGCACGGGAGCAGAGGAAAUGUUGAUUGUGUUGAUGGGUAGAGCGAGGGAUUAAUCAAACCACAGUUAAAUAUUACACAGAAUGUGACAGAAAACAAUUUGUAUGAGCGUCAGAACAAGAACGAACGUUCACAGUGACGUUCAACUCAAUAAACUUUCAUUAAACGAAAAUUUCCUCCACAGAGAGGAGAGAAUUACAUAGACAUGCAAAAGUUAAUCAAGAACUUACCAAACAUAGAACAAGCAAUUAUGUCUCCUAGAAAUGUCACGUAUCGGCAAGACUAUUUUGCACAAUUUUAGAUAUUCAACACUACUUACACUAACACUACUUUAACUGGAGUGUGUGCUUAGAUCAGGUUUUAUGAUUUCAAACGAGAAUACUAUUUCUCUCCUUGACAGCAAAAAAUUAGUAGAACAUAGUGUAAAUAUUUUUGGCCUUGAAAUCAACCUGCUUGACGGUACUUUCUCUGCAUAAUUAUUUAGUUUAUAAACUGAAGUAUUUACAAGUUUUAUUGUAGCAAAUACAUCACUGACGUAAAGAUCAGGUAAUACAACUCAUCUCGCCACGUUCUCUUAUAUUGUUACUUUAUCAUGGCGUACAGUGUAUACUUAUACUUUGUAUAUAAAACAAGUUUUGCUUAUUAAAAAAUCAGGAUAACUGUACGCGUUAUCCUUUGUUUUUA